CCAGAAGAGACGGGGACAGAGACCAGGCAGAGCUCGGCGAGGGCCAAGGGGAGAAGCAAUUGGCGCCCCAUUUCCUAGACCCGACCGGGCGAGAGCCCCGCCAUGGCGGAGGUGGGGGCGGCGUUCGCCUCCUUCGACUGGGAUUUGCAGGGUUUCUCCUCGUCCGUGGGGACCGUGCCCUUAGCCGACUCCCCGGGUUUCCUGAAUGAGCGCCUCGGUCAGAUCGAGGGCAAGCUGCAGCGCGGCUCGCCCACAGACUUCGCCCACCUGAAGGGGAUCCUCCGGCGGCGUCAGCUCUACUGUCGCACCGGCUUCCACCUGGAGAUCUUCCCCAAUGGCACCGUGCAGGGCACUCGUCACGACCACAGCCGCUUCGGGAUUCUGGAGUUUAUCAGUCUUGCUGUGGGGCUGAUCAGCAUCCAGGGAGUGGAUUCUGGCCUGUACUUAGGAAUGAAUGAGCGAGGAGAACUAUAUGGAUCGAAGAAACUCACACGUGAAUGUGUUUUCCGGGAACAGUUUGAAGAAAACUGGUACAACACCUAUGCCUCUACCUUGUACAAACACUUGGACUCCGAGAGACAGUAUUAUGUGGCUCUGAAUAAAGACAGCUCACCCCGGGAGGGCUACAGGACUAAACGACACCAGAAAUUCACUCAUUUUUUACCCAGGCCAGUUGAUCCUUCCAAGUUGUCCUCCCUGUCCAAAAACCUCUCCCACAAUAGGUAAUGGCUACAGGUAACAGACUCCUUAGUGUGGCCUCUAUGACUCAUGUACACGGAGGUUACGUUGCAUCUCCAAGCACCAUCCUCAUAGUUUUUUCAGUCCUCCUUCCUAUCAGUUUACGUAACAGGGAACCAUUUACUGUUUAACUCAGCCAGCUGUUUUCUUGUUGUUCAAGGAGUA